AUGACCGGUCGAAAAGCACCAACAACAACAGCUGCCGCACCAGCAAAAACAGCUGCAACAAAAACCGGAACAACAACUGGUCGAGUUAUAAAGAAAGAUAAAUCAAAAAAUGUUAUGCGAGAUUUACGUAUUAGAAAAUUAUGUUUAAACAUUUGUGUUGGAGAAUCUGGUGAUCGUCUCACACGUGCAUCAAAAGUACUCGAACAAUUAACUGGUCAAACACCAGUUUUUUCAAAAGCUCGUUAUACCGUUCGAUCAUUCGGCAUUCGUCGUAAUGAAAAAAUCGGUGUAUUUUGUACCGUACGUGGUGAAAAAGCCAAAGAAAUUUUAGAAAAAGGUCUUAAAGUUAAAGAAUACGAAUUACACAAACAUAACUUUAGUGAAAUGGGUAAUUUUGGCUUUGGUAUCCAAGAACAUAUCGAUUUAGGUAUUAAAUAUGAUCCAUCCAUUGGUAUUUAUGGUAUGGAUUUUUAUGUUGUACUCGGUCGCGCCGGUUUCGAUAUUGGUAAACGAAAACACAAAAAAGCAAGUAUGGGUGCUUCACAUAAAAUUAAAAAAGACGAAGCUAUAAAAUGGUUUCAACAAACAUAUGAAGGUGUUAUUAUGCCAGGUGGUAAACCUAAGAAAUCGGGUGGUGGUCAUCACAAAAAGGGUCUGGGAUUUUGGGUAUUACUUAUUACACUGUUAGUCGAUCGCCCACCUACACUUGAAUAUAUUUUUUCCUAUGAAAUAUUUAAUGUAUCUAAUUGGAAUGGUAGAUUAUUUAGCAGUGUAUUUCUUCUCAAUGCUUUAACAAGUGGUUUAGCAAUUGUUUAUAUAGUUGGUCGAUAUAAACAAUGUCUAGAUUUUUCAAUAACAAUCCAUGUAUAUCAUUUUAUCGCUUGUUGGAUAUAUAAUUCUCAAUCUCCCCGUUUAUUUUCUUGGUAUGUUACACAAUUUUUCUCCAUUGUUAUUAUGACAAUAUUAUCGGAACAUCUUUCCAAAAAAUACGAACUUCGAAAUAUACCCCUUGCAUCACGUGUUGAUCUUUAA